GCAGGGGUGCCCAUUGUCACCUCUGAUAUUUAUGCUGUACCUACAAGGUUUAGAGGCCAAAAUACAGCAAAGCGGACUCGGCUUCAACCUAUCAUUUUUCAAACAAGGAAAAUUGAUUGAACAGUCAUUACCAGGACUGAUGUACGCGGAUGAUAUUGUAUUAAUGGCUGACAAUGCAGAAGAUAUGCAGGAAUUAAUGGACAUAUGUGGUACAGAAGGAGACAGAUUAGGCUUGAAGUUUAGCAAAGAAAAAUCAGCAGUCAUGAUUUUUAAUGAUAACAUUUGCGGCGAGCAUAAGAUACAGGAGGCCACGCUGAAGAUAGUCAAUAAAUACAAGUACCUUGGGGUGUGGAUAAAUAAUGGCAUUGAGUAUCUGACAGAGUACGAAAAAUAUCUAACGACUAAAGGUAACAGAAGUGCAGCGAUUAUAAAGAGUAGGGCACUGUGGAACUACAAUAGGUACGAGGUAGUACGAGGGAUAUGGAAGGGGGUAAUGGUACCAGGCCUGACUUUUGCCAAUGCAGUUCUGUGUAUUAGAACGGAGACCCGGCAACAGUUGGAAAUUAGGCAACGUGGUGUGGGUAGGCUCGCUCUGGGAGCACAUGGCAAGACACCAAAUCUUGGAGUGCAGGGGGAUCUGGGAUGGUCUUUCGAGGGCAGAGCGGCUAGUAGCAAGAUAGUAUUUGAGGAGCGAUUGAGAAAAAUGGGGGAAAUUCGGUGGGCUAGGAAGGUUUUCACUUACUUAUACACGAGGAAUGUUGACACGAGGUGGAGGAAGCGAACUAGAAAAUUGACAAGCAAAUACUUGGGCAGUAGCGGGGGGACAAGUAAGGAAUCAUCUGUCAAGAAAAUGGUUAAUGAGACAGAGAGGGGUAUGUGGAGUACAGAGAUGCUAACCAAAUCGGCAUUGGAGACAUACAGGACGUUUAAGCAAGAAAUAGCCAAAGAAAAUAUUUACUAUAACUCUAAGGGAAGCUCAAUGUUGUUUGAAGCCAGGACAGGUGUACUGCGGACUAAAACGUACCGAGCCAGAUACCAGGAGAUAGAUUUGGUGUGCGAGGCGUGUGGAGAGGAGGAGGAAACGGCUGAACACCUGAUACUUGCUUGUAAUCUACUUCACCCUGCAUUUGAAUCUAACGGGGAACUAUUCAAAGCUUUAGGUUUUAAAGAUAGUGAAAGUAGAAUAGACUUUGAACAGGUAGAAAUAACUAAACGGAGACUGUCUGAUUGGUGGAUAAUAUCAACGCAAAAGUAAAGGAGUAAAUACAUAGGUAUGCAUGCAUAUAGAACCAUUAAAGGCUAGGUGGCGCGCGCCGCCGCCGCCCGAUUCAAAGGGUUGAGCCUCAAUCAUCCAUCCAUCCAUUUCUUACGUUAGGCUUCGACUCGUUCGAAACGAGAAGCGAUCUUGAAAACACCACCAGGUUAUCAAUAAUACUCUGUCGUCGAAGCGGCCUGAGACUAAGCGAAAGCCGUUUACGCAAUCAUUCGUUGCGAACGAAGUGCAUUUUACAAAAACAACGCCAAAUUCAAUUCGAAGCGGGCAGCCGGGACCGCCGCCAUGUUGGUGGCUAAUUCCUUCCCAUAAUUCCUAAUGCGACGAUCCUGCGUUUACAUGGUCCGCAAGAGUUGGCUCGCGCCCGUAAAUCUACCCUCGCCUGGCGCAUUAAUGCGAUGCACCUUCCUAGCGCAUUACUGCUGUUUACAUGAAUGUGAUGCGAUAGAAAUGCCAUGCGAUGCGACAGUGUCGCAUUCAUGUAAACGCAGCUGCCCUAAGUUUCGAGUGCUUCCCACCGGGGCAUCGAUCUCCUUUAAGAGCGCGAGUUUUCGACGGGAACAUUUGAAAAAACAGAGCAGUUUUGUCGCAAUUAUAUAUGUCCUUCUCCGCGUAGCGCUCCAGCACGCCGGCAGCUUUGUCUGCAGCCACUGCUGCUUUGCCUGUGUGUCCAAAGACGCCGCUUCCCCUACCACGUUUUUGUAAACGAUUCCGUGCCGCUCUUUAAAGCGCUGAAUCCAGCCUCCCCCAGGCUCAAAAUUUGGGCGUCCCAGAAGAAAAGCGAAGUUUUUCGCUUUGGUGGCAAGUAUUGGCCCACUAAUAGGCUCACUAUGCGCGCGGGUUGUGAUAAACCCCUGGUAAAGCGCCUCUUCAACAUCGGCGUACAAAGUGUCUCUAACCCUUUUCCGCUGAUCGGCAUGGCCGCUGAUAGCUCGUGCCUUCACAAUUGCGGUGCUCCCGGUUUUCAGGAUGGUUGAUAUCGUCGACUGGGCGAGCUCAUACUUCUUCACGAGGGCGCUCACCUUGAAGCCGUGGCAAAGAUCCUG